GGCGGGAAGCAGUGAGAGAAUCGGGUCGGCGCGCGGCUGCCAGUACAAUCGCCAGAGCUUCGGCAAGAUCGAGAAGCCAAUUUCACUCUCCGUUUCGGGAAAGUGAGGCUAACGGCGCGCAGCUCUCCCUGCGCUGUCUACUUUAGGAAGAUGAUGUGAUUGCGUAUGUGCGCGCGUUUUUUUCGUCUCUGUAUGUGUGAUGCGUGCGAUCAGGACAACGCCUGCUGCGUCAGUUCGGGGGAUGGCGCGCGUCGCGAUUCGGUCGUUUUUUGCAUGGCAUCACGUCGAUGCAACCUGCAAUCGAGACACGUGUCGUCAGGACACGUCGAUCGUGUGGAGAUUCUCGCGUCGCGCUCCGCAUUUUGGCGGGGGGAUGACCGGUUACCCUCCCGCGGCCACCGAGGGGCGAAUUCCCCCCGCGCGAAGCGAGGACCUUUUUUUUGGCUCCUUAGCGUCGCGCGCUUCUCCGUCUUUUGCGCCUGCGUCACGAUGCCUACGUGGCGCUGGCGCUGAUCUUGGUCAUAACCAUAAUUUAUCAGCCACGUCAGCAAAAUUUGGUGCUGUCCAGGUAAUUUGGCGGGAGAGUUUUGUUACGGCGGGAGGAGGACUCGACCCGUCAGCCAUGCCAAUCGAGCGCGAUUGCCUCGUCAGAGGGCGGGGAGCGUUGCUAGGCGGGGGGAAGCAACACGCGGAGAGUAGCGCGAGGUCUACUGCAUCUCUGACAUCGAUCAACGAGGUCGCUACGUCGGCAGCGACCUCGAUCGCGGAAGGUGCCACGUCAGCAUCCAGGCCGAUCGAGGAAACGGCCACGUCAUCGUCGUCCCUCAAAGAAAAUGCCGUGUCAUCACUGUUCACUCAAGGAAGUGACACGUCGGCUCCUGAUGCCGACGGUGACCGGUACUUCACCGCUUCUCGCUCGUCCUGCGAUUCAGAGGUCGUGAUAGCUCUCGGCUCCAACGUGGGUGACCGGGUUGAGAAUUUUAAGACAGCUUUGCGACGGAUGCGUGAGGCUGGCAUUCAUAUCGUCCGUCAUGGCUGUCUCUACGAGAGUGCUCCAGCAUAUGUUGAAGAUCAACCGUUUUUCUUGAACUCAGCCGUCAGCGCACAUACUGAUUUGUCGCCGCGAGAACUUCUUCAUGAACUCAAGGCAAUUGAAAAAGAAAUGGGGAGGGACCUAAAUGGACGACGAUUUGGUCCUCGGCCACUGGAUUUGGACAUCAUCUUCUAUGGCAACCAAAGCAUUAUGAUCGAUGCUGGUCAUCUUGUGGUUCCUCAUCCACGGCUUUUGGAGCGGUCUUUUGUAGUUGCGCCCAUGUUAGACCUGCUGGGGACAGAAUCGGGUGGAGCAAGUGGAAACCACUGGUCGAGGCACCCGAUUCUGGGAGGUGGGCUGAGUAAGCAUUGGCAGCAGAUGGGAGGGGAAAGUACAGUUGGUGAUGGUGGUCAGUUCUUCAGCCUCCAAAGUGCAAUUGCACAGGCAAGGAAGAUGGCCCUUGAAGGGGCAAGCAUCAUUGAUGUUGGAGGACAAUCAACCCGGCCAGGUGCGGCAAGGGUAUCAGUCCAGGAAGAGCUUGCUAGAGUGAUUCCUGUCACGCAAGCACUGGCAUCGGAUCCAGAUCUGAACGGAAUUGCUCUCUCCAUUGACACGUUCUAUGCCAAGGUUGCAGAGGACGCUGUUUCUGCAGGAGCGCAUAUUGUUAAUGACGUGUCAGCCGGCACACUUGACCCCAAGAUGAUACCUACAGUGGCUCGACUUGGAGUGCCCUAUGUGAUGAUGCAUAUGAGAGGAGAGCCUCAGACAAUGCAGAGAAAAGAGUACACAUCAUACGAGGAUAUUUGUCGAGAUGUGAGCUGCGAACUGCUGGAGCAGGCUAGAAAAGCCGAGGAAGCAGGGAUUCCUGUAUGGAACAUCAUUCUGGACCCAGGAAUUGGUUUUGCGAAAACAGGAGCUCAGUCGCUGCAGCUACUCAGAGAUUUACCCCGUUUUCGCUCUCUUAUAGCAGAAGGCAGCCAGGCCCUUGGUCAUGCCCCCAUACUGGUGGGGGUCUCAAGGAAGGGCUUUCUGGGGAGGAUAUGCAACCGACAUGCGCCAGAGGAUCGCGACUACGCAUCAGCUGCUAUUACGGCAGCGGCUGUCUCUGGAGGAGCAAAUAUCGUCCGAGGGCAUAAUGUCACUGCAACCUUGGAUGGAGCAAGAAUUGGAGAUGCGAUCGGGAGAUGGAAUUCGUCAAGCAGCCAGCUUCCGUAAAUGGAAAGUCGGAAACCCACAACCAGACAAAUUGCGUGUAAAAUUGUAUAAAUUGAGCCCGCCAGAAGCCCCCAAAGAAGUGAUUUAGGGGUUUGACAAGCCCAUGUUACAUAAGGGGGGACACCUGUAAAUGUCAGCGGAGGAGGGUGAAAGGUUCCGUGAACUAUUUUUGUGACCAUCGACCCACAUCUCCUAUCCUAUCCUAAUGCAUGCACGCUUCUCCACAGUCGUUGUGCAUGUGCACUUCUGCACAUUUUAUCGGCCGCCCGUUCUCCUUUUUGUUAGAAUUUGUUGUUGCAACAUGCAAGGGCAAUCGGUGAGAUACAUCCAGGGAGGUCCUAGAGUGAUUAUGCCAUUAGUCUUCGCCUGAACUCUUACGUCUGAGAAACACCGAAGGGGCAAAAUUCAUCUGGUGCAGGAUAUCACUAUGUUCUCAUGACCGAUGACCAUCGUAAUCAAGUCCAGCGAUCUUCAACUGACAAUCUGAUUGUGGCAAGCUGAGUGCGCAAGGGGUGAAUUGAACCAUGGCUAUGGGGGAAAGUAGCUGCUUUAGCAAGGAUUGUGAGUAUGAGCAAUCUUGGGAUAUAGGCUUCCGACAGAAGGGAGGGGGUUUCCUAUUCUUUUGGAGUCAUUGGUGUCUCAACGCCGAGAUCGAUGGAGACCCUGGUGCUCAGUGAUCUGUGGUGCUGGUGCUCAGUGCUCAGUGCCCAGAGUGCUCAUUCCGCAUUGCUUACUGCCCGGAGUGCUGAGUCCCCAGUUUCAGAGUGCUCAGCCCUCAGUGCUGAGUUCUCAGAGUGCUCAGUGCCCAUAGUGCCCAGUUUCAGUCAGUGCUCAGUUUAUGGUGCCCAGUGCUCAGUGCUCAGCGAUCAGUGCUUGGUGCUCAGUCCUCAGUGUUGAGUACUCAGUGCUCGGUGCUCAGUUUUCAGAACCCAAUCCUCAGUGCUCAGUGAGCAGUGCUCCAUGCUCACUGUUCAGUGGUCUGCUGAGUGUUCAGUACUCAGAAUGCUCAGUCCUCAGUGCUCAGUUCUCAGAGUGCUCAGUGCCCAUAGUGUGCAGUUUCAGUCAGUGUUCAGUUUUUGCUGCUCAGUGCUUAGUGCUCAGUGCUCAGUUCUCAGUUCUCAGCGCUCGGUGCUCAGCGCUCAGUGCCCAGUGUUGAGUGCUCAGUGCUCAGUGAUCGGUUCUCAGUUCUCAGUUCUCAGCGCUUGGUGCUCAGUGCUCAGUGCUCGGUGCUCAGUGCUCAGUGCUCAGUUUUAGUACAGUGCUCCUUGCUCACUGUUCAGUGGUCUGCUCUGCGCUCAGUACUCAGAAUGCUCAGUGCUUAAUGCUCAGUCAUUAGUUCUUAGUGUUCCGUGCUCAGUGUAUUUACUGUUUUGCUCGGUGCUUAGCCCUUGGUGCUCUGUGCUCAGUGCACUUGCUGGUCCGAGGUUAAUGCUUGGUGCUUACAUACCGUGUAGUGUGUACACUCCUCGGUGCUCAGUGCUAAGUAAUGCUCAUGUUCUGCCCAGUUGCAGCCAACAGCAGUCAGUGCCGGGGGAACGAGUUCUCCUCUUGCUGUGCGCUCUUUUGUUUUGCAAUAAUAUUAAUUUCCUCUCCGUUGGUUGACGGCAUCAGCACAAGGGUCCGUUUCAGAAGUCGCUGGCCGCGCUAAUGCAAAGUCGAUCCUGAUGAUUGUGCUUAUUGGUCAGUGUCUCAUUCUGUGCCAUGUCAGAUUCUCCUGUUUGUCCUUUGUUCUCUGUGUUGUAUUGAGUGCUCCGCACCGUCCACAAUGCCGAUCCCCAUGUGUGGGGUGAUUUUGGGUUUCUUGCCCACUCUUUGUGCUGUGAUUAGCGUUUAGUGC